CCAGCAGGACUUCACGCAGCAGAAAACAAUCGUUAUUUUUCUACACUCAGCACUAAUACAUUAUUUACACAGGACGCAAAUUGUAGUAGCAUAUUAUAAGACCUGCAGGAUCACCUUUACGCAAGCAUUAGGAGGCACUGCUCAACAACUUUUCUGCGGCUGGAGCAGGUAAAGGGAGUUUUCAGGCUCCAGUCGAAAUGCUCGUUCCAGCGCCUGACUUGUAUUCGCCGAUUAUGGAAAGGCAGCGCUGAAAUGGAAAUCGCAAAUCCGGAGUUGCCUCUUGGGUGUGCACGCCGCUGCCGCAACUACGUGCUGCGCUGAAAAUACCGGGCAGUGCCUGGGAGCCCCGCCAGCGCGCCGAGCCCGCUGCAUCCCCGCCGCGGGACGAGGCGGCGCCCCGGCGGCGGGACGGGCCCCCACAGGGACCCCGCUUCUCACCGGCGUGGGUGGGGGGACCCAACCCAAGGGUUUGGCUCCCCGCCGGCAGCCUAAUUGCCCUCGAGUGCCGUGGCGGCUACCGGCGCCCUGCGCGGACGAGGCCGGAGCCCCCUGUCCCGCUCCGCCCCACUCGCCUGGGGUCGCCUCUCCCGGUCACCGCCGACCCCCCGGGCACCGGGCGGGAGAAGCCUUCUGCUUCCCCCUUCCCUCGCUGGGACCGGUACCGAGCUCUCCCCUUCACGCACCUCCCGCAUCCCCGCCUGCCGCUCCCCCGCGGCAGCCAGCCCGCGGCCCCGCCAGCCCAGCGGCGGACGCGCUUCCCUCCCGCGCAGGAAAAGGGCAGGCCCGGCUUGUUUCUGCCUCCAACUUCCCCUAAGUUAACUCGGGUUUCCCCCUCCCUACGGGGUCUGCCUGGGCUCCCCAUCCUCCAGGAGGGCGGGAGGGAGGGGAAAGGCGUGUCUUGCCUGUGCUGCCGCUGCCGCCGCCGCUGCUGGAGGCAGAUCGGAGAUAUAAAAGACCUGGCCGGGCGCCGGCGGUGCCUCCAGUCAGCGCGGACGCUCACACCGCGGAGAGCGGGGCGCAGCGGGGCGCGUAAAGCGGCGGCGGGGGGCAACGCGGCAGGCGGAGGCAGCGCGGGGCUCGCCGUGGGCAACCCCAAUGCGUGGACUAUCCGCUGCUGCGUUAUGCUGGAGCUACAGUUCCGCUGAAGGGAGUUUCCGCACGGCCGGCUGGGCUGGACUGCAGCGCUGCCGUUCCUUAUGAAGAAGGCACAAACUUGGAUUAUCACUUGCUUUUGUCUUCAACUGCUCCUACUUAAUCCUCUUGUCAAAGCCCAGAGUUCCUGCGGGAAUCCGGUGACAGAUGAUGUAAAUGACAUUGCAAAAUUGGUUGGAAAUCUCCCAAAUGAUUAUAUGAUAACCCUUAAAUAUGUCCCGAAGAUGGAUAGUCUGCCUAAUCACUGUUGGUUGCAUUUGAUGGUGCCUGAAUUUUCAAGGAGUCUACAUAAUCUUCUCCAGAAAUUUUCAGAUAUUUCAGAUAUGUCUGAUGUUUUAAGCAACUAUUCAAUCAUCAAUAAUCUCACAAGGAUAAUUAAUGAUCUUAUGGCAUGCCUAGCUUUUGAUAAAAAUAAGGAUUUUGUAAAAGAAAAUGGUCACCUUUAUGAAGAAGGUCACUUCAUUCCUGAGGAUUUUUUUAGGCACUUUAAUAAUACCAUUGAGGUCUACAAGGAGUUUGCAGACAUAUUGGAUAAGAAUGACUGCAUUCUACCUUCAACAGUAGAAACACCAGAGAAUGAUUCCAGAGUCGCUGUCACAAAAACAUUUUUGUUUCCUCCUGUUGCUGCCAGCUCCCUUAGGAAUGACAGCAUUGGCAGUAACACUAGCAGUAACAAGGAGGCGCUUGGCUUCAUUAGCAGCUCCAGCCUGCAAGGGAUCAGCAUAGCACUGACAUCAUUGCUGUCUCUUCUUAUGGGCUUUAUUUUGGGAGCCAUAUACUGGAAGAAAACACAUCCCAAAACCAGACCAGAAAGUGGUGAAACCACACAGUGUCAUGACUGUCAAGAGGAAAAUGAGAUAAGUAUGUUGCAGCAAAAAGAAAAGGAACAUCUACAAGUGUAGCUGUUGCUUUUUCUCCCUCAACACUGUUACUGUUUCAUGUACUGGCAGGUAACAGUUCCAUGUUCGCUUCAUAAAUGAAGCAGCUUUAAGCACAUUCUUAUUCCUUCUGGAGUGACAGACUGAGUCUGCAUCUGUUGUUGCUGCCCAUGACUCCAUAGAGAUGCUGUAGAAAUGAGGACAAUUUGUGUUUGUUACUGUGAAACCAACACUGAAUCGACGACAAGAAGAGUGUGCAGUUAGCAGGACUGUAUCUAUGUGAAUACCUACCUUGUCUGGCAUUUGGGGAUUUUUAAUUGCAUUGAAACUUGCAGCUGACUCUGGCAAACAAAAUACAUGUCCUGAACAAAAAGUAUCUUUCAAAUGCCUCCCUCCAACUGUGUGUAAUCACUGAAAGUCAUAAAUACCUUUACAUCCUUAAUUUAAGUUCUGUGUCCUCUUCCUUACCUUGGUGUCUUCAGAUGGAGUUUUCUGAACUGAGAGAAAACAGAAAUGGAUACAGAUAACAUACUUUUCAAUGUUGUAUAUAAAACUUGAAAGCAAAGUCAUGCCAUGGACCCGUGUUCUAGCCUUUUACUUAUAAGGAGUGGUUUUUGCCUGGCAGAAGUCAUGUGUACAGCAACAUGUGAUCUCUGUUGGGUGUCAGGUGGCUGGUUGCUCACCCCAGAAAGCCUCAAGAAUUCAUCAGCCUUGGUGGUCUCUGUUCAGGAGAAGCAAAUACUGGAUGAGGACAAAGUAAACAGGACGUGAAUGUACCUCAUGGAGCUUCAAAGCAUUAAGAGUAAUUGCUGGGUAUGUGAGCACUGGUGAAAUAUCCAGCCACGCCAAUGGAAGGGAAAGAGUCUGAAUUGCGUUCAAACAUCAGAAUAAAGACAAACCCAUGAAAUGCAUUUUAAAUGCUGAAUAUGCAUGCCAUUGAUACCUUGUCUUUAAAUGUAUAGCAUAGAAAAUCUGAAAGAUCCUGAGAGUGUACUUAGCUUUUACUUACAUCAGCUGUAAUUAAUGUUUGCAUUGUGUUUUAAGUGUUUAGUAAGCUUUAAUAUCCUGUCAUUCUGCACUUUUAAAGUUAAUUCUCUCAAACGAGAAAGGCUUUAUUUCCCACUUGUCUUCUGCAUCUUUUGCUGUUAUAGCAUCCAUAAUCUGUACAAGACUGAUGUACAGACAUGCAUUUUCAAGUAAAUCGUAAAAAUACCAUGCUAAAUGUUACAAGUGUAGUUGUGCAUCUUUUCAUCUUGAUUCUUUCCAGAUAAUGGGUAUCAAUUAUUUAUCUGUAUUAGGGGUUUGUACUUCAGAAGGUAAAGGUGGCUGACUUCAAAUGAUAAACUGUUGUCUGUCAUCAAACUGACAAGGUCAGCAAGAGGUUUAGUUUAAGUAACUUGAAAACUUAAAAAACCCACUAUCAUUUUAAUGUUUUGCAUAAAGUUGGAGUCCUCUUUAAAGUACAUAGUUACUUAUUUUUUUUAAGAAUUUUUAACACAGUUUUAAUCAUCUGCUGAAUUUUCCGAGAACCAUGCAUAAAAAGAAUACGACAUACAUAUAAUACAUAUGUGUGUGUGUGUGUGUGCAUGUGCGUGUGUGUGUGUGUAUUUCUGGUAAAACUGAUUCAUCUUUCAUGCUUGCCAAAAGAGAAAAAAACUGAAAACCUUACUAUGUUUGAUGAUAGAGCUUACGUAUAUGUAUGUAUGUAUGUAUGUAGCCACUCUGGAAUUUUGACCCUACUGAGAUCAAUUUCAAAACUUCUCAUGAAUUCAGUGACAAGGAUUUGAUCAUGUGGAACUAUUUUUUAUUUAUACUGAGGCCUUUUUGCACUUCCUGUGUGUCAGAAAAGGGUCCUCAAGUCCUGCUCAGCUGGUACAAAUUAGCAUAGUUCUAUCAAUAUUAACAGAGCUUUGGGGGUUGCAUCAUCUAAGAAACUUAGACUCAAUCAAAAGAAACUUAGCAUGAGAAUUAGGCUUUCAUUUUUAUUCAGAAGUUGCUGGAGCACUCACCACUUAAUAAGAAAAUAAUCAGGGUUUAUCAUCACUUCUAAAAAGCAAGUGCAUUCCAAAUUUUAGCUCUGCAAAAAUCAAACAACAGAAUUCCCCAUCUAUAGCUGAGUCUUAUUUGACAUUGUGUAGUUCUUUACUCACAAGGCCCUCAGACUUUGUGUUUUAAACUUGUUUAAGAGUUACCCUGAAAGAAAUGUCAGCAUGACCUAAUUUAUGGGGAAAUUGCACCUUAUUGGUAAUGUAGAGAAUAACUGCAUAUUGGUUUUGACAGAGCAGAAAAGAAUCCAUAGUAAAUGGAAGCAAUUAUCUUUGUGUUGCUAUAGAAUAUGGUCUCAAAGCAAGCUUAUGCAUUUGAAGCUUUGCAGUAUUUUUCUUAGAUUCAGUUAAACAAAAAUAUUGUGUUUAUUUAUGUUCUUUGUUCAUAAGAAUGUUAGUUUUCCUAACCCUAAGCAUAUUUUUUUUCCAGAAACUCAAAUACAUGAUAAACUUACACAUUGGUAUGCCCCAAAUUAUACUUUGAUAUUCAAAAUGUAUGAUGUUUUCAGCUCCUUGAAGGAGCUUCAGCUGCUGUUCAAUACCAUAGAAAUUAUCAAUUGUAAAUUGAAACAUACAUUAAAACCAGAUGGACUGCUGCAAAAUGUUCACCUUCCAAGCAUAACAUCUUAAAAUAGUAGCUAAGUGACUUUCAAAUAAUGUGAGAUACUUUAAUCUUUUCUGUGGAACAAGGCAAAUUUAAGGCUACAUGAGAAUAUUUAUAAACUUUACAACUUCAUAUUACAUAUAUGCACCAAAGUAGAUUGACACAUGGAGUAGAAGAACUGUUGUUGAAGCCCAUGAUUUUCCUGUUCUCUGCACACCUUUUUGAGAGAUCUGAACAAAACACUGGGUAUUCUCAAUCAUUUUGCAAAGCAGGAGGACACUUCUAGACAUUUGUCAGUACAGUGAAUGGCAUAGCAUUUGGAAACAUGAUAGCCCAAUUUAUCUACCCACUGAGGAGGCCCUAACUUUGAACAUAGUGAUACUUUGAAAGACUACUGACCUGUGAGACAUCUUUGAAAUCAAUGGAAAUAUAAUAUGUUGCUAUUCAGUGGGAGCAGGUAUGGCAGGAAUAGUCCUUUAUUUUCUUCUUUAUGCAGUUGUAAGCUAUUUAACUUCUGAAGAGUGAUCAGUUUUUCAGUCUUCUUUUUGGGUAGACAGAGCCCAUACAUUAACACAGUCAGAAAAGUAACUCCCUUUCUCUUAAAAUUGGGGAAAAGCAAGUGUUGUAUUUUUUAUACAAAAGUCAACCAAAUUUGUUUUUGAGGUAUCUGUGGGUUUGUGAGAAACUGAUAUUUUUAGGUUUCCUUGGAGUAGUUGAAUUUUGCAUGCAAUUAAUAGUGGCCUUGUGAGAAUAAAAAGCUAGUGAUAUGCUGAGUAGCUCAGUGUGCUACUUUAGAUGUGUGUUUACUUGAAUAAAUUAAUGGUACUUAUUUCAUCACAAGGUCAUCUUAUAAGUAAGUUUAUAAAACGUGCUAUACAAUGGACUAUGUGCACAACCUGCACAUUUUUUAGAUUCUGAUCAUCAGCUGUUUCUCUGUUGCUCUCUCUUUGUAAUAUGCUGAAACUGUCCAGUAAACCUAAUACAAAUAUAUAAAUUGAAAAGCUAACUGUAUACUUAAAAUACAGAUAUUCUGAGUUAGAUUUACAUUUAAGAAUUAUCCAACAUUCUUCAAUUCAGGAAUCUGAUUCAACCGUCUUUUAAAUGCAGAUCUACAAUAACGGUGGCAUGUUGCUAUUAUGUUAUCAAAUUGAUGGAACGCGGAAACUUCAGACUCUUUAGUGAUAGAGAUGCAGAUAUUUGCUGGUUGUGUCGUGGGCAAAUUCAUUUAUUUCAGUGUAAAUGUCAGUACAGUCUUACAUAGUUACAUUCUGACUGAAGGUAAUCAGCAAAGUUUAUAAAAUGUGAUGUGUAUGUAUAUAUGUGUCCUCUUAAAGAUAGAUGUUUUCCCUGAUCCUUUUUUAUACCAGUUCAAAUUUGGAAUUUACAUUAUAUACAUAUACUUUAUUGUUCUAAAUAAAGAUAUUAUGCGCUGCCAAA